AUGCCUCCAAUGCCGUUGUUCAACAGGCGGGUUCUGGUGGAAACGAUGAUUGCCGAGUUUCUGGGCAGGGGUGCCAUCCACCAGGUGGAUUUGGACUCCCGAGGGUUUUACUCCCAUGUAUGCCUUCCCACCCCCAGUCUUACUCAGCAAUGUUCUGACCAAGGUCGGAAUACAUCCGUGUCAAGUGACACUCGUGGCGCAGGGUUGGGCAGCCCAACCCUGGUUUCCUCAGGUUCUGUCACUGUUAGUGCAGGAGCCGGUGUGUUUGCCACCUCUUCUGGAUCUGCUAAGCCAGCUAGCGUGGCACCUGAAGCCAGAGGUCUUCUGUCUUCACGCAUGGAGGUUGUCGAGUUUUCUGUGCAACGCAGAGGCUGGAGCGCUUGGGUUCGUUGGGCAGAAUGGCUAGGUCAGUGUCUAGAAGGCGCUAGUACUAGCGACUCGCGGGAAGAAUGCGACAGUGAUCGCCAGGAAGUGCUGUCUGAUGAUGGGGAAGAAAAAGUGAUACCAGUGAAGACAAAGAUUGGAUCCAAACCGCAUUCAACGCCAUUGACUUUAAAAUGGCUGGAGGAGAACUACGAGGUUGCGGAGCGUGUCUGUAUCCCCCGCAGCACGCUGUACGUUCACUACAUGGACUUUUGCGAGAAAACCGACUCACAGCCCGUCAAUGCAGCCAGCUUUGGCAAGAUUAUUCGACAGCAGUUUCCUCACAUUACAACCCGAAGGUUGGGAACACGAGGACAAUCAAAAUAUCACUACUAUGGUGUUGGGGUACGGGAAACAUCCAUCUACUACGACGUCAUGUUUUCUGCCAAGGGAGUCGACGGAGGAAUUGAUGGUAAAAAGGAUGGAAUGAAACAGAUUGCUGCUUACUCGCCGAGGUCAAAGCUGGGAACCCUGUUGCCGGAUUUCCCGGAAAUCCAAGACAUCAAGAUCCCUUCCGGUGUGGAUGAAGGAAAGGUGAUUACAUUCCUGAUGAUGUAUCGCACUCACUGUCAACGCAUUCUCGACACUGUCAUCCGGGCAAACUUUGAUGAGGUUCAGAGUUUCCUGCUGCACUUCUGGCAAGGCAUGCCAUCGCACAUGGUUCCCAUUCUCGACUGCGAGACCGUUAUCAUGCUGGUGGGUGUGUGCGACUCCAUUCUCUACAAGGCUGUAGCCAGCGUACUCAUGCCGACAGUGCUGCAGGCUUUACCAGAGAGCCUCAUGCAAGUAAUUAGGAAAUUUGCACGCCAGUUGGACGACUGGCUGAAAAUUGCACUCAACAAUUUACCAAACGGUCUGCGGAAAAUUAAAUUUGACUUGGCACGCCGGUUCGGCCAGGUCCUGAAGCGCCAGACAUCACUGAGCCACCUGUGCCAGACAGCACGUACCGUGGUGCAAAGCGCGGACAUCACAGCACAGAUGCUUGACGACUGGGUGGGCGUCGACCUCAACAGCAUUGGCAAGCAGACGCUCUAUACCAUGGACCAAUACAGCGAGCGAGACCACAAGACAAUCUUCACCUUGUGUACCGAGUUUGAGAAACUGCUGGAAGAUCAGGCACCCAUGGAAUCGUACAUCGAGUGGCUUGACAGCAUGGUCGACAGAUGUGUCGUACAGCCUGGUUUUCGUAAACCCGGCUGUCUGAGAAGGAUUGCUCGACAGUUUCUCCUCAUGUGGUCGUGUUUUGGGACACGCAUCAUCCGAGAUAUGACACUACACAGUGCUGCAAGCUUCGGCUCGUUCCACUUACUGCACCUGAUGUUUGACGACUACGUGUUGUACCUAGUGGAAAACAUCCACAACCAGGAACGAGCCAAUGAGUACCUCCGACUCAUCCGCGGGGAACAAACACAAGGCGAUGUUGAAGAGAUGAUUCUGCCUGACCCGUCUGUGAUGAAGCAGAAUCUCGUGCACAGCGGCGGCGAGGCUGGCCUGCAGGAGUUGCCAGACCAAAGUCGGGACUCAAUCAUCACCUCGCGCAACAACAUGGCACAGAUAGAUUAUGACACAAACAUUGAUGUGAUGGCUCCAGCAAUGCAUCAUCAUCAGGACAAGUUGCUAUUGGAUACGGGAAGAGGUUGUCAUCUCGGUUCUGAGGGUCAGGGAGUUGCAUCAUUGUAUCAGAAUUGUGCAUCCUUCUCAUCCUCAUAUCCAACUUCUCAACAAGGGGACAAAACUCUUGCUCAUCUCCCUCCGGUUACUGGUUCAUAUUCGAUGCCAGCUACACAGGUACGGUGUCACUGCUUAAUUAUCCGUUGA